UUUACUUAGUUUCCCUCCCAGUUGCCCAGUAGGACAGUUGGGUCUCAGCAGCUGAAGCGGCUCCAUCCAAACCACAAGCCAAGCAACCAGUCGACCAGCCAUGAGCAAGUCCUACUCCGCCUCCGCUCAGUCCGCCUCCUCGUACCGCCGAACCUUCGGCUCCGGCAUCAGUGCGACCCCGAUGUCGUCCCUCUUCUCCUCUGCAGGAGGAGGAGGCCGCAGCUCCUCUUCCAGCCACAUGUCCUCCAGAGUCUACGAGGUCAAGAGCACCGGUUCUCCCUCCUUCUCCAGCUACAGGGUGUCCUCCGGCGCCGGGGGAGCAGGGUUCGGCUCCUCCAAAGCCAUGCGCACCUUCUCCGGCGAGAAACUCGACUUCAACCUGGCAGAUGCCAUGAACCAGGACUUCCUCAACACAAGGACCAACGAGAAGGCCGAGCUCCAGCACCUGAACGACCGCUUCGCCAGCUACAUCGAGAAGGUGCGCUUCCUGGAGCAGCAGAAUGCGGCGCUGACGGUGGAGAUCGAGAAGCUGAGGGGCCGCGAGGGGCCCGGGCGCGUCGCUGAGAUGUACGAGGAGGAGAUGAGGGAGCUGAGGAGGCAGAUCGAGGCCAUCUCCAACCAGCGCGCCAGAGUGGAGGUGGAGAGAGACAACCUGGCUGACGACCUGCAGAAACUCAAGCUCAGACUUCAAGAAGAGAUUCACCAGAAGGAAGAGGCUGAGAACAACCUGUCUGCUUUCAGAGCCGAUGUUGACAAUGCCACUCUGGCCAGGCUGGACCUGGAAAGACGCAUUGAGAGUCUUCAAGAGGAGAUUGGCUUCCUCAAGAAGAUCCAUGAAGAGGAGAUCCGUGAGCUGCAGAGCCAGAUACAGGACACUCAGGUGCAGAUCCAGAUGGACAUGUCCAAACCUGACCUGACCGCUGCUCUGAGAGACAUCCGCAUGCAGUACGAGGCCAUCGCUGCCAAGAACAUUGCAGAGGCUGAAGACUGGUACAAGUCCAAGGUGUCUGAUCUGAACCAGGCCGUGAACAAGAACAACGAUGCGCUGCGCCAGGCCAAGCAGGAGAGCAUGGAGUACAGGCACCAGAUCCAGUCCUACACCUGCGAGAUCGACUCACUCAAGGGCACCAACGAGUCUCUGCUGCGCCAGAUGAGAGAUAUGGAGGAUCGCAUGGGCCGCGAGGCUUCAGGGUACCAGGAUACAAUUGCAAGGCUGGAGGAAGAUAUCGCUAAAAUGAAGGACGACAUGGCCCGCCACCUGAGGGAGUACCAGGACCUGCUCAAUGUGAAGAUGGCCCUGGAUAUUGAAAUUGCCACCUAUCGCAAGCUGCUGGAGGGAGAGGAGAGCAGGAUCACCACCACUAUGCCUGUGCAGUCUGCCUACUCCUCCAUUGGAUUCAGAGAGACCAGUCCUGAGUCCCAACAUCAGCGCGGAUCAGAGGUUCACUCCAAGAAAACUGUUCUCAUCAAGACCAUCGAGACCCGCGAUGGAGAGGUUGUCAGUGAGUCCACACAGCACCAGCAAGACAUCAUGUAAACAAGAAGAACCAAUACUAGAUAAUUAUAAAAAAAAAAUAGUAUAAAUUUUCCUACCACUGCAAGAAAGAUUUAUAAGCUGAGCCUGUUUUUAAAUACAGAAUGCUGACCAUUUCGUCUGAUCUAAAUGCAAAUAAAUGAAUUCAACCUCUUUACAUUCAGUUUACUGUGCACAUCACAGGAUAGAUGCAGUACGGUGGCACGAUGCCUCCAGCCUGGUUUUCAAAUGAAGGGCAUUCCAUUUAUUCCUUAUUUGUGUUACUUUUCUUCUCUCAGAAACAACAGAAUUUAUUACACCUUGUCUACAAAAGUACUUUGGUAGCGUUUCGAAUGAACAAGGCUUAUGUAUUCCUGUAUUCGCCGGGGAACUUUGCAAGGUGCAAAACAAGAUCGAUGUGCCUGCAAAACAUCACAUUGUGAGAAUAAAUUUCACUGCACAUAUUCCAAGAUUGGCUUGUGCAAACGUAUGCGAUCGAUGAAGACGGGCUAUUUGUGAGGCUGAUUGAAGGAAAGUGACAUGUCGAAACAUCGAAUGAAGAAGAAACUCGGUCGUGUUUGAAGUUUGAGCUCUGUAGCAUGUGCUGGGUGUUUGAUGGGUAACCGUGAUUAUGGUGCUGGUCUGGAACAGAAAUUCCCAAAUAAAGACAUUUAUUAUCACGAUUUA